GUAAUUUCGAGCGUGCUGCUGUUGCUGAGCAACGGCUGACGUCACGGUCCUUUCGCUUACAUGUGUAUCCCCGUAUAAAGAGAAAGCAUCGACCGGCGUUAACUUGACAUCGCAGGGAUUCUUCGUUAGCUGUGUUUAAUAAACUCUUACGUUCAAAAUGGAUAAAGAUGAAUUGGUGCAGAGGGCUAAGUUGGCCGAACAAGCUGAACGUUACGAUGAUAUGGCUUCGGCUAUGAAACAAGUGACGGAAACUGGAGUGGAGCUCAGCAAUGAAGAGAGGAAUCUUUUGUCCGUAGCCUACAAAAAUGUGGUUGGUGCUCGAAGAAGUUCAUGGAGAGUAAUUUCCAGUAUAGAGCAGAAAACAGAAGGCAGUGAAAAGAAGCAACAAAUGGCCAAGGAAUAUCGUGAGAAAGUUGAAAAAGAGUUGAGAGAGAUCUGCUAUGAUGUUUUAGGCUUGCUAGAUAAUUUCCUUAUCCCAAAAGCGAGCAAUGCUGAGAGCAAAGUUUUUUAUCUGAAAAUGAAGGGUGACUAUUACAGGUACUUAGCAGAAGUUGCCACUGGAGAUCAAAAAAACAGUGUUGUCGAAGAAUCACAGAAGGCUUACCAAGAGGCAUUUGACAUCAGUAAAAAUAAAAUGCAGCCAACUCAUCCUAUACGUUUGGGGCUUGCCUUGAACUUUUCAGUAUUUUAUUUUGAAAUAUUGAAUUCUCCAGACAAAGCUUGCCAGUUAGCAAAACAGGCAUUUGAUGAUGCAAUAGCAGAAUUAGACACACUAAAUGAAGACUCUUAUAAAGACAGUACACUUAUCAUGCAGCUCCUUAGAGAUAAUUUAACGCUUUGGACAUCAGAUACUCAAGGUGAUGGCGAAGAGCAGCCAGAAGCUGGAGACAACUGAUAGUCGUGCAGCACUACCUAUUUUGAACACGUCCCCAGCCUCAAACAAAAAGCCUUUAAUUGUUAUUGAUUGCACCACCAUCUGAGCAUAGCCCAAAACUGUUUGAAGAUCAUUAGUUUACGUUUAAAAACUUAACAGUGAUGCCUUCAAUCGGAAUUCUUUGAAUUUGGAAAAAAGCCUUGUGGUAUGUGUCUUCUCUGAGCAUUCAUCAUUUGCUGCAGAGUAUUGGGCUUGCCAGAACUAAGCCACAAAAAAAAAGCUGGUGGUUUUUUUUUUUUUUUUUUCUCUUUAUGGUCAAACCAGACCUUGCAAGUUAGUGCUCAGUCUGUUUGAAAUCAAUCUCAUAUGAGCACAACUUGCCUAGUCUGGAUCAAAUACACAAUUGGAAAUUUCCAUACAGCAGAAAGUUUCAUGUAUUUGCUAUAUAAUAGCUGUUCUAGGUUUAAUUUUAUGGCCAAAUAUGUAACUUCAGUUCACUUUUUUAACCUAUGUCAGUAACCCUGUAUAAUGUGGUGAUAGCUAAGUUAUUUUGAAAGUUUGACUGUGACGUGGCAAAAUAUCCUGUUAUUUUUUAAACUAAAUUCUGGUUUGGCCCAAAAUUAAACUUUGGGAUUUUAAUUUCUUAUAAAUUGUAAACAUGUCAUUCAAUAUUUUGUACAUCCAUAUGGUCAGUAUUAGUUUAUGUUGUGAUUUCUUUAAAUAGGUCUUAACAGGUAUUAAUUGAUCAGUAACAAAGACUACUAUUGGCCGUAGUGGGUAAUAUCAAAAUUAGUUUAAGCAUUUCAAGCAAUGUCACAUCCCAUACAUCUUGUGCUUGCAUCUUUUUUAAUAUAAAAUGCUGUGUAGAACAAAUUGUCUACUUCUAUAAAUUUAAGUCUGUUGAACUAACGUGAUCUGCUAGAAAUGUUGCUGAAAGCUUCAUUUGUACUUUUUCUGUAUAUUGCAUACCAAGCCAAAUAAUGUGAAAUUUUCAGCAGUUUAAAAGAAUAUAUUU